UGAGCUGUGACGUGUGCGCAAAGCGGAAGAGAAAGCGGCAGUGCAGCGGUGUGAAUAAUGGGGAAGAAUCGAACAUGACAGAGUUAUUAAUUAUCAGAUUUUAAUGAAAUGAUCAGAUGAUCGGAUUUCAUCGCUGUCAGGAUGCCGCUGUUGACUCAGAAUAAGCGAAUAGAGCGCGUCAGCUCAACCGCGGAACUCUUCAGCAAAUACCCGCAUCUGAAGGAAAGUGCGAAGCAGUUUGUGUCCAGAAGUCCAGAGCCUGUGGACCCUAAACAGCUCCUGUACAUCCAGCAGCGGGAGUUUGCGGCGACCACACCAGCGGACAAUUCGGUCUCCGUUCUGGGAUCCGAUGACGCCACAACAUGCCAUUUAGUCGUGCUUCGACACACAGGCAGUGGAGUGACGUGUCUUGCACACUGUGAUGGUUCGAGCACGUGGACUGAAGUUCCUCUGAUAGUCAAUGCUGUCACUUCUAGAAGCAACCCAGCAAAAGAGGGCAGACUGGAGCUGCAUCUGGUUGGUGGUUUUGAUGAUGACAGGAAAACCUCACACUCACUCAGCCUUAGUAUUCUGGCUGCCUUUCAAAAACAGAAGGAAGAAAUUCACCUGGAGACGUGCUGCAUCACAGACAUGAAUGACAUCAUCAAAGAUGGGAUUCAUCGGCCCGUGGUGUAUGGGAUAGGUGUGGACGUUAAAACGGGUCACGUAUUUCCAGCCGCGUUCACGUGUCGAGGACCAACGGAGGAGCUCCGAUCCGCACGCACCUUCUCUGGUGGACAGAUGGUUGAAGUGUAUGAUUCUAGCAGAGAGCUUGUGAAAAUCGGCCCAUGCAGAUGGACACCAAACAAUGGCAUGGCCUUCUGGCUGUCCCAAGAUGAUGAAACCAUCCUACAGUAUUUGUCCACGUCUCCAUAUGCAGAACCUGCUCACUUUGUCCAUCACAUCAAAUCCACCAUUCAGUUUCUGCUGGAUCAUCCGACCGCAGACGGGCUGUUUCCAGCUGGUCAGCCGCAUCUGUACCGCCGUGCUGAGGACGGCCGCUGGAAGAGAGUCUAAACGCUGACCUUACAGUGAGACCCACUGUAACCCAACUGAAGGCCUUUGACGUCUCUGUUUAAAGUAGAAGCUCCUCUACUCUGAUCUGAACUGAAACACACAGAUUGAGCUCAGAUUGACUCUUGACUGUGACUUCUACAUAUAGAGUGAAAUAUCUGAUGAUGGUUUUAUUUACGUGUGUCACUGACUGAACCUGCCAAUCCUUACAUAGAAACAAGAUCUGUGGAAUAUUUGAUUUCUGAUUUCAUUUUUAUUUCAUAUUUGUUAUGUAUGUCAGUGCAAAUGUGUACAUGGAUCAUAAGAUGUAUUUAAGUUAAACUAUCAGGAUAUGAAGUUUUUCUCCCUAACAUCUAGGUGCAUCUUGUACAUUAAUUUUGGAAACUGUAAAUACAGUAUGUUGUGAUCCUUUGAGGAGGAAUAGGAGAGUUAAAAUGCUGUUGCCAGUGGAAACAUGCUGUUUUGUUUAUUUAAACCUUUGUAUGAUAAUAACAAUAAAUGGAAUCUUAAUUAAAGCCCACAGACUGAAUCACCAAAAUGGCAAUGGCUUGAGAGCACAGGCAACAUCUUCAUUUGUUGUUUCUAUAAACUUUUGACUGAAUUUUCAUUUUAAACAACACAAAAAAAAAUUAAUAAAACAUUGAGUUUAGUAAAGGUU